CCUCUUAACGCCCACUGUGCCAAAUUUGUCACAUACCCAUUUUAUGCAUGUAGUAUAGUGUCAGAAUGAAAAUUACAACCUUAAAUGCCCAUUGUGACACAUAUGGAACUAUUUUCAAUAAUUUACUGUACUGUGCUGUUGCCUGGUGGCAGUUAUGUGAACUACAGCCAGUGAGCAGAUCUACCAUACACAGUAAACACCAAUUCUUCAUAACCUCUAAGUCUUCAUACCUGUAUUUAGCAGAAAAAAAGUAAGUACCCUUUUUAUAAAAUAUGGUCUAGUUUACAUAGUUAACUGAAAGUGUGUUACAGUAGUUUUAGUUCAUAAAAUAUGUCUAGUUUAUGUUUUAUGAUGCUUUUUAGGUUUGUACCAAAUUUGUCACAUUGGGCACAACUGUAAAACUGCAGUUUUUCAGUUCGUCCCAAAAAUGGCACAUUGGGCAUUAAAGUCAACCUACAAGCUUUUUGUACAACAAUGUUUAUUUUUGUCAGAUGUCACAUUGUCGACUAAGAAGACAUAACAACACAACUUCGCUUUUACCCCCCGAUGACAGUGAAGACAGUUUGGUGGAUGACUCAGAUGAGGAUCCAGAUUACACCCCUGGCCGUGACAAAAAGAACAAGUUAGCCUUAUUUUUGAACAAUGCAGCGAGCUCCAGUGAUGUCACAGAUGAAGACGAAGAGAACAUCCCUUCAACGUCUACAGCCACAAAAAAGAAGAUUCCAAAAAAACCAGCACCUGCUUGGAAUGAAGUGAAUCCAGAUAACAGUGAGAAACCUUCUCCGCCAAUGCUAGAAUUAAGUAACGAACAUGUACUUCAGUCUCCAGUUGACUACUUCAAAGAUUUUUUUGACAAUGACCUUUUAACUUUGAUUGCUACUCAGUCAAACUUGUAUAGUGUCCAAAAAAAUCCGAAUAAACCCUUGAAUACCUCAGAGAAGGAAGUAGAGCAGUUUAUAGGCAUUUGCAUCUACAUGAGCAUUUAUGGUCUACCUAGGAGUAGGAUGUAUUGGAAUGGAAAUACACGAGUAGAAAAGGUUGCACAUGUUAUGUCACGUAACAGAUGGGAGGAACUGAAGGCCAACUUGCACUUCAAUAACAAUGAUCACAUGCCAUUACAGAAUGAUCCAAACAAAGAUAGGCUAUUUAAAAUCCGCCCACUAGUUGAUGCUCUUCAAAACAAAUUCAAAAACAUUCCUAUUGAGGAACAAAUGCUCUGUGUUGAUGAACAGAUUGUGCCCUUCAAAGGCACAUCUUUACUAAAACAGUACAACCCGAUGAAACCCCACAAGUGGGGAUACAAACUGUUUGUACUUUGUGACAGCAAGGGUCUGAUUCACAAUUUUGAGAUCUACACUGGUCGCAUACUACCUGCUACUUCCCUACCUGACAUUGGAGCUAGUUCAAAUGUUGUUUUACGACUGGUUGAACACUUGCCUCGUAAUGAAAACAAAUUCUUAAUCUAUUUUGAUAACUGGUACUCAUCACCAGCUCUCUUAGUGACUCUAGCAAAUAUUGGUUUCCAAUCCCUCGGGACCAUUCGACUAGGACGAUUUCCAGGCUUGUUGUUUUCAUCUGACCAAGAAAUGAAAAAGAAAGGCCGUGGGUCUUAUGAGGAAAAAGAGGCAACAAUUGAUGGGGUAAAAAUUAGGGCUGUAAAAUGGUUAGACAAUCGAGGGGUGUCUCUUGCGUCAACUUUUGAGUCUGCUUGCCCUAUCAACACUGUGCAACGCUUUGACUCUAAAGGUCGUGAGCAGAUUGAUGUCACUUGCCCUAAAAUCGUUACAACAUACAAUAAGUUCAUGGGGGAGUGGACCUUCUAG